CUUCAUUCGUUUGCCUGCUCGCGUGCUUUACGGUUCGAGAUUAACAAGAAAAUCUUAUAAAAAAACCUUUCGAAAAAUUACACACAAGUUUCUUACAAAAAAAUUUAAAAACAACUAAAUUACACGAAAAAAACCUUUAAAGAUUUAACUUUUAUACAUUUUUUUUGCGUGUCAAUAAAACGACAAAGCUGCGAGAACGCCUUGUAUGGAGCAUGUCCACAGAUAAUCCCACACAGUUGCUGACCACCCGCGAUUUGAGCCAACUGCGUGGUCAUCUGCAAGCCAGCUCAGCGGUGGCCUCCACGCCCACUUCUGUGGUGGCAGCGGCAACAGUGGCUGCCGCCCAUGGAUACCGCACCAUUGCACCACCACCCGCCAGCAACAGCAGUAGCAGCAGCACCACCAGCACCACAGCAGCAUCAUCAUUAGCAGCAGCAGCAUCAGCAGCAGCACCAACACCUGUAAUACCACCAGUUAUACCCACAAGCAACAGCAAUAUGCCGGCCAGUGCCUCAAAAUAUGUAUUUCUGCAACACAACCACAACGGUGGUUUUACGGCAUACGAUGGCUCUGCCACCACGACGGCGACAGGAAGUUCCGGAUCCGUUGGUGCCACUGGUGGCAAUAUAGUACUCCUAGCGGCCGAGCCACUGGAAAUGGGUGCCUCCGGGGAGACUUUGGUCAAUGUGCGAACCACCGACGAUGAUGGCGAGUUGCGUUCGUUGUCCUGGCUUAACGACAGCAAUCUGAUCAAGGGCAUUGUGACAACAGCACCCGGACAGGCGGGAAAACGUGGUGCAGCGGUGGCCAUCAAAGCGGCCAGCGGAUCGGGAGUGGUAGGAAAUGCGCCCAAUGGCAAUCUGUGCAUAGUGAGCGACUUGAUAGAAGAGUUGCCCACCAAUCUGAGUGAAAGCAGUGAACAGGAAGCGGGAAGCGGAUCAUCAGCUGUUUACAGCACCACCACGGUGCAUAAGGGACCCAGUGGCACCACCACCGUGGUGGAGUACAAAGCCAGUAAAGCCAAUCAACAGCAGCAACAGCAACAACUGCAGCAGCAGCAGCAGCAGACGGCCUAUUUGCCAACGCCGACAAGAACCACAGUGGUGGGUCAUGGUUACAUGCCGGUGGUGGUGAGCAGUGCCGCCAACCAACCAACCCUACUAUCGCCCGCCAAACAGCAGCAGCAGCAGCAUCAUCAGCAGCAACACAUCUAUGUGACCAGCAAUGGGAGCACAGGAACUGCAGGACCAGCAGCAGCCAUCUACAAGGCAGCCAACCAGGCGCUGUGCUCGCCAACCACCAGCAGCAGCAGCAGCAGCAACACCACAACCCACCAUCCGCACAAGAAGUAUCUGCGCGAGAAGAUGCACGUCCAGAUGGAUCAUAGCAGUCAGGUGGCCUCAACGGUGACGGUGGUCAGUUCGCCGGCCUCCUCCAACAAUUCCUCGAUCAGCAGCUCCAGUUCGGCGUGCAAUUCGGGUUCGGGUUCGGGUUCGGGUUCGGUGUCCGGUUCGGGAUCCUCGACAGCGGCCGUAAACGGGGGCAAUAGCCCAGUGCCCAAGACCAGCAGUUUUAGCACUGUCUUCGAGGCGGUCAACUAUGCCACCUCGGCGGCCAGCAGCAGCAGCACGCCCAGCAGCCAAACGACGAUACUCCAUGGUCAAGAGCCACCGGCUGUUGUGACAACCACGACAUUGAUCAGUGCCGGAUCCCUGCCGCCGGGCUAUAGCUUUGUUAACCACGUGGCCAGCACGCCGCAUGUCAUUUCCACGCCAGCCCAUGUGGCCUCACCGGAGACGCCGCCUGGAGCAGCCCUGCUGCCUGGAACGUACUAUACCACCAGCACCACUGCAGCGGGCACAACUACGGCAGCUUUACAGCCGCGCAGCCUGCAGUUAUCCGUUUCCCCGCCGCCGCCAAAUAUGACGCCCACGAGUCAAGUGCACAUGGGAUCUCUGGGAGGAGGUCCAGCCGGAUCCGGCGGUGGAGGAGGAGGAGGAGGAGGAGUUAACCUGCGCAGCCCCAAUAGUUACACUAGCUACGAAAACGAGGAUUCCUUGAAGGAGUUCGAUUUGGUGGUCAGCUCACGCAUGCACACAAGCACGCCCCAAUAUUCGGUAUCGAAAAACGGAGCCAAUGGCUAUGGUAGUAGCAACAGCAAUGUGAACGGCGGCGGAGCUGGUUCCAACACGCCUCAAAAGCAAAAGCAUCCCAAUAACGUGCCAUACGAUCCGCUAGUGCAUACCAAUAACAAGCCGCCAUAUAGCUUUAGUUCCUUGAUCUUCAUGGCCAUCGAGGGUUCGAAUGAGAAGGCACUGCCCGUGAAAGAGAUCUAUGCGUGGAUCGUGCAGCACUUUCCGUACUUCAAGACGGCGCCCAAUGGCUGGAAGAAUAGCGUGCGCCACAAUCUCUCGCUGAAUAAGAGCUUCGUCAAGGUGGAGAAGGCACCCAACAUGGGCAAGGGAUCGCUGUGGCGUGUGGAGCCACAGCAGCGCCAGAAUCUCAUCCAGGCGUUGAACCGAUCGCCCUUCUUUCCCAACUCGGCGGUGGAUAAGAUAAGUCCCUCGCUGAAGAGUCCCAGUGGUGGAUCCGGCGGAUACGAUAGCCUGGACGGCGGCAGUGCUGUGCAGUCUUCGAUUCAGCAGCCAGUGGCAACGGGAGGAGCAGCGGCUGGAGCAGUUCCAGCUGCCGCCGUGGCCCUGUCCACGCCCACGAAAAGCAAUGGUCUGGUGCUGGCCAACGGUGCUAGUCAGGCCACAAAUGCGGCAAGGCCGCACAGUCCCGGCGGCGGUGGCAGUGGCAGUCAUGCCCGCUUCGAUCCCAAGCUAUUCCCCAAUCUGUCCAAGGCCUUUCGGAAUAUACGCGACGAUUCGGCCGGAGCAUCGGCUAUGCUGCAAGAUGUCCUCGAUGACGAUUUGUCCGGGGACUAUCACAACAAUAAUAACAAUAAUAACAACUCUGGCAGCAAGUACAACUAUGUGGGCUUAAACGGAAGUGGAACUGGAGAUGGCAGCGGAGUAGGUGCUGGCGGUGGUGUGUCCGCCACCAAUGGAGCUUCUGAUGGCAUUAACUUCGAGCGACUGGCCCGCGAUUGCGGUGCGGACAGCAUGGACGAUGUGCAUGCGGCGGCGGCGAUGCUCUUCCUCAAACACGGACCAAAGGCCUUCAGCGAGCCCUUCCAGAAUGGGAGCGCACCGGUGAUUACGAGUUCUCCAAGCGAGGAUCACACCUAUUCGGCGGGUGGCAACAGCAAUGCGGACAGCGGUUCCUCCACGCCUCUGACCAACGGCAAUGUCCUGGCCAGCGUGGCACAGGCGGUGGCCCAGGCCCAGAAUAACCAGGGAGGCGCUGGAUCCGAUAGCAAUUGCGCCAGCUCGGAUGCUGCCUACGAUAGCAGUGAGGAGAAUCACAACAUCACACCCGAGGAGAUGGCCGAUCGGCAGCGGCAUCGCGAUGGCGUGGACGCCCUACUCUCGCUUUCCCGCUCCUCGAUUGUGGAGUGCGGCUCGGUGGCCACCACCCACUAUCACAGCAACGGCAGCAGUGGCAGCAGUCAUGGAUCCCCGCACAAGCGAGCCUCGAGUCACAGUUUGGAGGAGGAGCACCUGCAGCAACACCGCGAACAGCAGCAACAUCAGCAGCACCAGCAUCAGCAGCAUCAGCAUCAGCAACAUCAGCAGCAACAGCAACAUCUUCAGCAGCAGCAACAUCAGCAACAUCAGCAACACCUCCAACAGCAAUUUGGCAGCAACAAUCAAGCGGUCUACACCAAUGGCAGUGGCAGCAAGAUGGCUUUAUUGAGCAGUGCAGCUGCCAAUGUGGCACUCGCCCAACAGCAACAGCAGCAGCAGCAGAUUCACCAGGAUAUGUACUCCUCGUCCACUGGCCAUACUGCCAGUCUAUAUCUAGGUGGACUGAACAAUCACUGCCUGCCCGCUGUGGGCGGUGUCGGCUCUGUGGGCGUGACAGCUGGCAUGUUGCCACAGCAUUUGAAUGCUGCCAUGGUGGCGGCUGCAAGUAAAAAUAAGGUCAAGCCGCUGCGGGGAUUACGCACCAAGAUCAAGCGCAAGUCCGCCUGGAUGCGGUGAAUAUGGCGACAGGCUGGCGGGAAAAGGAACUAAUACAGCCACCAAAAUAAAAUGCCUCCCUACCACGCCCCAAGGCCCUUUCCCCCUUCCCCCUUCCCCCGCCCCUGCGACCUAUUGUUGUCUCUUUCUAAAGCAAAAAUUGUUCAAAUCACAGAGCAUUUAGACUAAAUUUUGUAAUCUUAAAUUAGGGCUGAGAAAAGAAGUCCCAGUUUUUCUAUUUCUCUAUUUUUGUUUUUUGCUCUAUCUUUUAGAAUUUUUUGUGUGUGUUUUACCUCCUGCCCCUGACAUUUUUCGUGUUUGUUAUACAAAUUUUUGACUAUUUUUUUUUAUUACUUUAAAUUUAGCUUUAAAUGUUUUUUUUGACUUUGCUUUAAUCCCGCAAUUGAUUGUUGGCCAUUUAAAUUAUAUUAUCUAAUAAUAAUGAUUUACUAGCCAUCCUAGCUGCAAUUUCAUAAAACUCUUAGCCCUUAAGUGUAAUUUUGAUCCUUUUUUAGUUUGUAAUUUUAAUUUGUGCAAAUAUUUUACAUUUCAAUCGCAAAACGAGAAUAAACGAGAACCAGAAUUAUAAUGAAAAGUGUCUGGUUUUUUAAGGCCCCCAAUUCGUUACUAGCUUUUAAUACAUACACAAAAAUCUAGAUUUUUCGUUUUAACUCGCGAAAUGAGGGACACAAACAAAGUAAACUUUUCCAGCGUAUCAGUGACAAAGUUUAUAUCAAAAGCAAACAAAAUAACAAAAAAAAAAAAAAAAACACCAACAAAUAAGUAAGGAAAUCUAAGAAAAUAUGAAACGAAAUAACGAAAAAAAUUGUAAAAAUCGCAAGAAAAUGGAAAAAAGCAAGAAAGCAAACGGAACGUUUGUACAAAAUGCAACCAUAAUUAAGAUAAAUUCUUUUUUAUUUCGGUUGCAGCAAGAAAAUGUUUUUUCUACACUUAUAAGAUGCAAAACACCCUACUUACAUGAUCUAAAACAUAAACAAACAAAACGAUAUACAAAUAUAUAUACACUUAGAAAGAGAGUUAUAUAGAGAAACUUAAGAUAAGCCAAGCAAAAAACCCACAAAGGAACACACAUUUAGCGCCUUAUACAUUGAGUCCUUAGCUAAAAACAAAAGAGAGAUCUGUUGAAUUGUUUGAACUGCUUUGUUAUACGGAUGUAUGAGUACAUAUAUAUUCUAUAACUAUAUAAAUUUAAGGUACCACCCCCCCCCCGCCCUCUUUUUCCCCGCCCCUCACCACCAUACGACACUCAAGCAAAUGUUAAAUCAAAGAUAUUUAGUUUAUAAGCCAGGGAGAAAACGAAAAUCCUAAUUGUAAGCUUCAUUUAUAUGGUUACGUAGUUGAAAUGCUAAACAUUUGUUAACGAGAAUCAAACCGUAAGCUAGCCGAUUUUAGUUGAAUGAACCUCCUCCAAUAUCCCCGCCCCAUGUGUAUAUACAGAAUGGAAAAAGAAAAAAAGCUGUUGAAAUUAUGCUGCACAUCUUUACAUAGGCAUAUUGUGGAAACCAAGAAAUACUUAUUACCAUUUAAAUAAGCAAAGGAAGAACUUGACAAAGAACGCCCUAAGUGUAUACACUUCAUGUACCUUUUUAGCAAAAAGCAAAAACGCAAAAGCAAAGAUCGCAUUAAAUUACCAAUUACGAAACUAAACUAAAUGUUGAUGUCAAAGAGAAACCAAUUUGCUAGUUGUUACAAACAAGAAAACAAAACAAAAAAAUGUUAAAAAUAUUGUGUUUCCUCAAAAACUUAUUAUUACGAUUAUGGUUUUUUUUUUUGUUUUUAGUUUAAUUACGUAAGAUUAUUGCCUUGAAGCAUGUUUUGGGGAAAGAAAUGUGACUAAAAUACCAGAAGCAAGAACAACAAAAUACUUGUAUACCUAGCUUUAACUUAAGGUCCUACAAAAUAUCCUAAAAUCCCUUCAAAAUCAAUCCCCCCCUUCGCACGACACACAGUGAAAGACAAUCGCCGCCCGUGUUGUUGUCGUUGUCGCUUAAGUUUAAACAAAUUCUAUGUAGCUUUAGACACCUACGAGUAAUAUAUAUAUAUCUAUAUAUAUAUAACUUACACACAGCAAUAGCAAAGUACAUAUACGACAAAUAUUGUUAUACAACCUUAAGCUUUAGCCGAGAGAAGGUGGAGAACUAUCUUCCCGAUCCCACAACUCCUAUUACCUAUACCCUAUAUCCCCCAAAAAAACAA